AGAUGUGGUACUGGGUCUUCCUGUGGUGUCUCUUCUCCUCGCUCUUCGUGCACGGCGCCGCAGGGCUGCUGAUGCUGGUGCUGCUGCAGCGCCACCGCUGGGGCCGCCUCGUCACUCUGGUGCUGCUCAGCGGGGGCUUCCUGGCCUCGCUCUGCGGGGGCGUCAUCACCAGUAAGUCCAGACCAGGUGCGGCGGUAGCAGGUGUGUACCGGAUGGCGGGGAAGGGGAUGGUUCCUCUGGAGGCUCUGGUUCUGGGUGUGGGUCAGACCGCCCUCUCUGUCGUCGUCUCCUUCUCCAGGAUCCUGGCCACGCUGUGAGGAAGAAGCUCCGCCCCCUGGUGUCGGUCCGGUGGUACCGCCGCAGACGAGGAGAACCAUCAGAAUAUAAAGACGUUUGUAUCUGACGAACCGACAGAAGUCCUGAAGGAUCAGAACCACAGGUUUCAGAUCAGAACCACAGGUUCUGGAUCAGAACCCGGUUCUCAUCAGUUUAACUCCACCAGGAGUAAACCGGCUCUGAUCAGAUCCAAACUGGAUUCUGUCCGUCCAGAACCAGACCUGUUCUGUUCUGAUCUGAACCACUGAGGUCAGAAGUUUCCAUCAGAACCAUGGAGGUCCGGUUAGUUUCAGGCCUGAAAACAUUGAAUUUAAACCCAAGUCUGAGUUCUGUUCUCCAGACUGGGUCCAACGGUCCAGGUGCUGCUUUAGUGUCCUGGUUCUUAUGGUUGCCGGGCCUAACCGGGCCCAACCGGGCCACAGAACUAAAUCUAAACAUGUCAGAACUCAAGUUUCAUCUGUUGAUUUUAAGUUUAAAAAACUAAUUAAAACUAAAGUUCUGCAGCUGGUUCUGGUUCUGGACUCGUUCUGGUUCUGGACUCAGGCUGGUUCUGGACUCAGGCUGGUUCUGGUUCUGGACUCUGAUCUGCCACAUUACCUGCCUUCAUGUCAGGAACAGACGGAGGUUCUGUCCAGGUUCUACUGGGUCCUCUUCCAACUCAGAACCAGGUCUUUGGAUCUGGUUUGGGUUUUUUGUUUUGUUGAAGCAGUGGCUUGGUUCUGUUGGGUUCUGUUCUCUGGAUCUGGAUCCUCUGGUUCUGUUGGAGGACUGUUACACUGACGGACUGCUGGUUCUGGUUCUGUACAGCUGUGUGCCGGUCCUGCUGAUCAGAACCCUCAGGUUCUGCUGACUCAGAGGUCCAGGAACAUUUUUUGCACUUUGGGUUCUGAAUGUGAUGAGUUCUGUAACGGACCUCUGGUACCGGCCCGGCCCGGCCCAGCAGGGGGCGGUGCUGCUCUGCAGCAGCAGGUUCCUGAAGGCCUCAGAGAUCUGGAUCAGGUCUUUGUAUUGGACCGUAAACUGGACUCAGACUGGACCUGAAUGAACUCCCACCGGGCGGUACCAGGCCCGGUUUGUGACGAGACCGACUGUAAAUCUGUAAAAAAUCUUUUCCAGUUUUUUACCGACAGAAAGUGAAAAAUAAAAACAUUUUACAGAAUUUA